UACGUGUACAAAUAAUGUAGAAUUUUUUAAUCGACACAAGCGCUUAAAAGUCAGUAUUAUACAGAUGAAAUCAGUACGAAUAAGCAUUGUAACUAAAAUGCAGUCGUUUCUAGCGUGCCAGCGUGUAACGCCCUUAAGUUCAACUCGUAGAGAUAGUCUGCAGUUUGCUACAAUAAGUGUAUCUUUUUCUAGUUGUGUAAAAUGUCUCUCCCCAGAAAAAACACAGCAAAUAAAAUCAGCAGAUGCUGCAGUACGUAAAAAGAGUAAUUGAAUUUGUAGAAAUAAAUCAAUUAAGAAUAUAGAAGAAACUAAAUUCUACGAAGAACGUUAACUAUCGUUGCAGGAGCACAUACUAUGGAAACAGGGUAUGGAGCGUAUCGCAGCAUACACAAAGGGGGGGAGUUGAACAGCCGUCGGUCCCCCACCGUUACGAUCCCCACCUGCUGGGCCCUCUCCUACUCGUUUCGACUACGGCAGUCCCCCUAGCAAGAUCGAAAGAGGUUCCCUCUCACCCCUCGGUUGAACAACAAGCCACUGACUACUCUCGUCAGUCGACGUUGAAGACUGCUACGUACAUACGUGUAUAUGCCGACACAAUUCGGUGUUGGCUCGCAACCCGUUCGUACGAUCUGUCUGCACGAUAUCGAGAGAAAAAGUGCCGCGCAGAGCAGAAGAAAGAGAAGGAGAAGCAGGAGUAGGAGGAGGAGGAGGAGGAGAAAGGGGGAGCCCUAAACGCCAAGAGAGUUCGGUCCGGCUGUUGCACAAUUUUGUGUCAGGCUGUGUUUCUCCGGUGAAAUCCUUCGGCCGAUAGAGGGAAUAACAGGAUUGACAGUGAGCUUCGUGUCUUCGACAACGAAGCAGAGAACGCGCGAUUUUUUGAACAUCGAGAAAACGUCUCCCCCUCCUCGUUCCAUGUACGUUCGAUCUGCGUCGCGCGUUUGUUUAUCGAGAUUCGACUGAACGUAGUCGCGCGUACAAUCAAUCGAUCGGCGAAAGAUGGUAAAAGGACACGUGUGUUUCGUCGUCGCAUCGUAACAGAGUUGAAACUCCUGGCGGUGUGGACAGCCGUGCAGAAAAGCGUAGAAGGCGAACCGUUCGCGAUCUCGUUUAACGCGGUUCGGUGACCAAUCGCGGCGCGCUCUCUUCACCCCGAAAAAAGAAUAAGAAACAGCGACUGGAGGAGGAGUAGGGCGGAAGCAAAGGAAGAAGGACGCCAAAGGAGAAGGAGAAGGAGAAACAGGAGAAAAGGAAAAGAGGGAGGCACGCCGCGUGGACACAGCCGUACGGUCGUCGUGUGUCUGUUUCGUUUCGUUUCGUUUCGUUUUACCGCUUUUCGAGCGGAGCCGCGGUAAAUGAGGGCCCGCGAAAGUUCCAGUUGAUACGAUUUUCUUCGUGACAAAUUUCGCCACGUGGAUUGUCGUCGUGUGAAGCUGGGGAAAACUUGAUUGUAAACAACGAUCAUCGAAGAAAAACACAAUCAUGUAUAAACUACUAGGGGGUCUUGGCACGUUCCUGAAAUGGCAGGAGAUCACGACGGAUUCGAUGGUGUUCCGGUUGCACAACCACUUUACGACGGUGCUACUUUUCACGUGUUCGAUGGUGAUCACGGCCACCCAAUACGUUGGUAAUCCGAUCUCCUGUAUCGUUCAAGGUUUACCAACUCACCCUGUCAACACUUACUGCUGGAUAACGUCUACGUUUACUAUGCCGGAUGCAUUUAAUCGGCAGGUCGGUCUCGAAGUGGCGCAUCCAGGAGUGUCGAACGACUUCGGCGACGUGGACGCCAGGAAAUACUAUACUUACUACCAGUGGGUGUGCUUCGUAUUAUUCUUCCAGGCAUUGCUGUGCUAUGUACCACAAUGGCUUUGGAACAUGUGGGAGGGCGGUUUGAUUAGUGCAUUGGUCAUGGGCAUGAAUCACGGCCUGGAUAAAGAAGAAAACAUUCAGAAAAAGAAGUCCGUAUUAAUGGACUAUCUGUUGAAUCACAUCAGGACUCACAACAUGUACGUGUACCGAUACUUCAUCUGCGAAGCCCUUUGCCUGGUGAAUAUUUUCAUGCAAUUGUACCUGAUGAAUCGGUUUUUCGACGGAGAGUUCCUUAGCUACGGGCUGCGUGUGCUGCAAUUUUCGGAUGUACCGCAGGAGGAGCGUGUGGACCCCAUGGUUUAUGUGUUUCCUCGCGUCACGAAAUGUCUCUUCUACAAGUAUGGUGCUUCGGGAACGAUACAGCAACACGAUUCCCUCUGCAUUCUUCCACUGAAUAUCGUCAACGAGAAGACAUACAUCUUCAUCUGGUUUUGGUUCACCAUUUUAUCCGUCUUGUUGCUGGGUCUGAUGGUGUACAGAGCCGCCAUCAUUUUUGCUCCAGCAGUAAGGCCGAGAUUGCUACAUCUUUCUUCCCGGCUAUUGUCUAUAGAAACUUGCUACAGUAUCAGCAGAAAGAUUGAUCUCGGCGAUUGGUGGCUCCUCUACGUUCUGUCAUCCAACAUGGAUUCAUUGAUCUACAGGGACUUCCUACAGGAACUCACUAAAAAGAUGGGCGAUAGGCAGUCACCUGCAGCUUAGAUUCAUACGUUUUUAUAAAAGAAUUUUUGUUAGAAAGGCUGGACUGAUUCGCUGAGGUUCAUCGUUGGAAGGCAGGUUCAUUGCCUUUAGUUGACCUCCUUCUGGGAAUUAAUGGAGGAGGACAUUGACCACUGUCUGCGUGGAAAUCAUCGUGUUACGAGAAUUAUUGAUAGAAAUAUUUUCAUAGGUAGCGCCUUCAGAGAACAAUUGCUAUGUAUGACUGAUGCAUGUGUGCGGACACGCGAUGGCAUUCGAUUCUGUUUGUAUGGAAGAGUGUGGUUGCAUGCGAGUGAAUGAGCGCGUGCGAGUGCGAGUUAUCGUUUUUUCAACGAUUAUUCCAAGAACCAUCUUUCUUUUUUAUUCUUGAUUAGUGUUCGUUCUCCAAAGCAACAGAUCUAUUUUAUUGCAAGAAGUAUUGCUCAAAGUAAAUCGAAUGCGUUUCGUUUAUCUGUUUCUAUGAUAGAGCGAUAGAGGAAGUUUCGAGGCGGUGAGGAUCUUAGCAUACGAAUACCUUUUACUAUGCAACGUUUUUCUAUUAUGAAGUCAUCUCGACUUUUAAACUAUCCUAUCGUGACUGUAAUAUGCGCUGUCGCAAGAAAUGCUCUCAGACAUUCCUGUGUAGUGUAUACAACUUCACUGAAUGAUUAUUCUUUCUAAGUUGCCAACGACACUUUUUCUUAUGGAUAUAUUAGUUCUCAAAUGUAAUUUACGUUAAAAUAUCGCGGUUAAGUAAUUAGUUGCAAAGAAUGCAUAUCAAUUUUUAUUGUAAUUUAGAGAUACGCUUUGUAUUCAUUGUUAAGUUGAUCGGAAAGUUCUUUUUUUUAAAUGAAAACAAGUUAGCUGUUUUAGAAUACUUUUUUUAAUCUUUUAUUUAAUAUUAUCAUUAUUAUUGUCACCUUCCAUCAUCUAUUUGGCAACUUGUGUAUUACAAUAUUCUUUCAGUGCUUAAUUAUUAAGCAUUGCUUAUUUAAAUCAGUGUAGAGUGUGAAGUCUGAAUCGUCCAAUGGAGGUUAUGUAUUGGAGUAUGAACAAGUAAUACUUUACUUGAAGACGCAAAUAAACAUCAGAUUUAAUGCGACUUUUUGGAUCUGCAAUUUAUUUAUCUGAGUUUUCAAGUAUUUUAUUCCUACUUCAAUACUCAUUCCUGAUAGAAUAUCCCAGUUCAGUUUAGUCAACUUUUAUCAAGUUCUUAGCACAUUCAAUCCCGAAUUGGCAGCUGGAGCUCAGCCGCGAUAAGGCGAACUUGUAAAUUAACACGUUCAGGACCAGACGUUGCUUAAGUAGCAUUAGCGAGAUUCGAAAGCGGUUGCAAAAUCACUCAAGUGACAGAACAUGAAAUCUGAUCUCGAUUUGGGAGAUCAACUUGAAACGCCAAGUUGUAAACAAAAACAUGUUUCAUGUAAUGUUAAUAUGUUUUAUACAUUAUGUCGAAAUGUAUUUCUAAAGCAGGAUAUAAUCCAUGGUUUUGGUCACCGUCAUUAAAACCGCAAUGGUCCUGCGCGUGUUAAUACUUUUUUCCCGAAGGUUGUAAAUCUAUCUCUUAUGAGACGAAUCUUAGAUUCUGAUAGCAUAGAUCUAUUCCAGAUUGUGUGUUUUCAAAUGAAGUUUUGAACAAUGUCUAGCACCCAUAGUAGACCAUGAAUAGUCUUCCAAGGAAGAAAAGUUCAUAUUAUUUGAAAAAAUUAAAAAGCAAUAGCAAGUUUAAGACUGCAUACUGGUUUAAAAUUUCAUUGUACAAAUUACAUGGACAUUUCAUUAAAUUUGUUUGUUGGGUUGUGGUUCAAACAAACAAUUUUAUAUUCUCUGUAAAUCGUGCCUUUGAUAUUAAGAUGUCAUGACAUCAUUAGGACUGAAUGUGUUAACGAUGCGUAGAUAUAUGACUAUUGUCAUGGUGGAAUACAACUAUUUUUCUAUUUGCAUGUUUUACAAUUUCCAUUUGACAUGUUUACUGAUUACAAGAAAUGACUGAAGAAAUUUCAAAAGAAACGACUCGUUAAGAAAUACACGAACUAUCUGUGAUUUGUGAAAAUUUCGAAAAGAAUUGUAGAUGUUCUAAAAUUGAUAUUAGAACUUUCCGAUCAACUUAAUAUUUACCCAUGUGUGUUCCAUCGACAAAUAAAUGUUGUCAGAGAAGACUUGUACGAAAAUAUCACAGAUCUUUCUUUUUAACGUGUAUAUCCGUUGUUUCUUAAUUAAUUUCUGGUGUAUGUAUCAAUAUAUAAAUUUAUGACCGUUAAACCGAUUGUGUAUCGUGUAUAAUGCAUGUUUCCUAUUGGAAAGUAAGAGAAAAGUUCAACCGAAUUUUAACGGUACUACAAUAUUAAUUGUUUAUUAUUAGCUACAAUCAGUAAUGUUUUAUACCGAUAUGAAUAUUAUUCGAAUAUUACGAGUGUUCGUGCAAUUUAUGCAUCUAUUGUUUCUUUUCUUGAUAUUCAUUUGUGGUAGAACAACAAACAUUACCGCAAUUACUACUUGGUGACAAGCCAAGAAUGGUUUUAGUUAUACCUGUCUCGAUAUCGGUCUUGUGUUAUAAACUAUAUCUCAUAAAUCGCUGAUCGUAUAAGUAUAGGAAACUUGAAACUUAGGUUAACAUUUGCAAUUCAAUGCUUUCAAAGUUUACAGACACUUCCUAUUAGUAGCUGAUGGCAUCAUAAAAGACAUUGAAAGUAUACUGUAAUUCUAAGACGUUAUGCUUCUUCUUUAGUAUUAUUAUAAGAGUAUUUAAAAAUAAAAGUUUCCUAUUUAAAAAGAAA